AGCCUGGGUUUCAUUCGUACCGCGACAUUCGAACAGUGAAGUUGACUCUCUGGCGCGAUUCCCCGUCUUGACCGAAAAUUCGUGACUGAUCGAGAGAGCGAGUUUGAAACCAGCUUAGAGCGAGAAGGCAGGUGUUGAGACUGCAGCCAGCAUCCACGUUAGCCGCGCAACAGAAAGAAACGUCGAUAGGUUUAAUUUCUUUGGCUUUGGAGACGUCGCGUCGCGCUCUCUGUUCUCUUGAGAAAAGAUAAAGAUAAAUAGAUAUCGCGCGCUUGCAGGGUGUGGUGCUAAAAAGUCAGUUCACAAGAUGAGGCGCUUGAGUAUCUUGAAUUGCGUGUGGAGCACCUUGCUCCUAGUCGUUGUUUUCCACCAGACGAGGGCCCAGCGAACGCCGACCAUAUCCUACAUCACGCAGGAGCAGAUCAAGGAUAUCGGCGGAACCGUGGAGUUCGACUGCUCGGUGCAGUAUGCCAAAGAGUACAAUGUGCUGUUCCUGAAGACGGACAGCGAUCCCGUCUUCCUGUCCACGGGCUCCACGCUGGUCAUCAAGGACUCGCGCUUCUCGCUGCGCUACGAUCCCAACUCCUCCACCUACAAGCUGCAGAUCAAGGACAUCCAGGAGACGGACGCGGGCACCUACACCUGCCAGGUCGUCAUCUCCGUCGUACACAAGGUCAGCGCCAACGUGCAGCUGUCCGUGCGGCGUCCUCCGGUCAUCUCCGACAACUCCACGCAGUCGGUGGUGGCCGGCGAAGGCAGCGAGGUCCAGAUGGAGUGCUAUGCCAGCGGCUACCCCACCCCCACUAUCACCUGGCGGCGCGAGAACAAUGCCAUUCUGCCCACGGAUAGCGCUACCUACGUGGGCAACAUCCUGCGCAUCAAGUCAGUGAAGAAGGAGGAUCGCGGCACCUACUACUGCGUGGCCGACAACGGAGUGAGCAAGGGCGACCGGCGAAACAUCAACGUGGAAGUGGAGUUCGCCCCGGUUAUAACCGUUCCCCGCCCACGAUUGGGACAGGCCCUGCAGUACGACAUGGACCUGGAGUGCCACAUCGAAGCCUACCCGCCACCGGCCAUCGUGUGGACCAAGGACGACAUCCAACUGGCCAACAACCAGCACUACAGCAUCUCGCACUUCGCCACCGCCGAUGAGUACACCGACUCGACGCUCCGCGUGAUCACCAUCGAGAAGCGCCAGUACGGAGAUUAUGUGUGCAAGGCCACCAACCGCUUUGGAGAGGCCGAGGCGCGCGUCAAUCUCUUCGAGACCAUCAUCCCCGUGUGCCCGCCCGCCUGCGGACAGGCGUACUUCGCCGGAGCCGAGGAGGUGGCCGCCACCUCGUUCGCCCUGGUCGGCAUCCUGGCGACGCUGCUCUUCGCCAGAUAAGGCAAUGGGCCCCACGCCCGCCGACUCCAAGCGCUCCAAAUUCAAUCCAUCACGCAACCCUCGAAUGCAUAAACAUAUAUAAAAUAGAUAUAUCGAAAAACACAUCGUAUAACCGCGCAAUAGUCGUCUCAAAUGAUUCCCGUCCCCAGUCUCAUUACUUUUGUAGCUUCUUUCGUUUCCGUUUAGCGCAGCCCUAUUUUCGAACGUCCAAUAUUAUGUCUUAAGUUAAGUAGGCUAAGUAAAGGGCCAACGAUAACUAGAACUAUAAUUUAUUAGACUAUUGAAACCAAACUCAAUUCGAAAUUCAAAUCCAACCAGAAGCAAACGAUGCAUUUCAGCUUGAUCCGUUUCGUUUUUCUUUCUGAUCUGGCACUGUAUAUGUUUUAAAUAUUUAAAUCUAAGCAAGAUACAUCACAGCAUUCCGAUUUUGCUUCGACAAUUAAGAGAAUAUUUUAUUUUUAUUUAAUAAAUAAUAAAGUAUUUUCGUUACGCAAAUCUGACAACUCGAAGACUAUCCCAUUAAAAACGUAACCCAUAAUCGAGGCAAAAAUCCAUUUUCGAAAAAAGGCAACAAACAAAAGUUGUGUACAUUAUUAGCUCUUAAGCACAAUAAGAAAAUCUUUUGAAUAACAAGGCAUUUGUACCCAACUUUUUGCGUGGGUAAAAUCAAUUUCGACUUUGUAAUAAAAAACGACAAAAAAACAAAACUGAAACCAACAAAAAAAUCAAUAAAAA